AUGUCUCUCCUCAUCUUCGCCGCCCUUGUCCUCCUCUGCGUCCUCACCAUCUUCCGCCAUGUCAAAUCCUCCAACUCCCCCCUCCCCCCGGGUCCCCGCAAUCUUUCCCUCAUCGGCAACACCCUCCACAUGCCCAUCGGUCGCGAAUGGAUCACUUUUGCUCAAUGGGCCAAGAAAUACGGCGAUAUAAUGCAUUUGUCUGUCCUCGGCCGAUCCAUCAUCGUCCUUAGCUCCCCCAAGACCAUCUCCGACCUCCUCGACAAACGCAGCACCAUAUACUCCGACCGCCCCGUCCUCACAAUGGCUGGCACCCUCGUCGGCUACGACCGCGUCAUCCCCCUCGAGCCCUACACCCCUCGUCACCGCCAAGGGCGCAAGCUCAUGCAGUCCGCCAUCAGUCCCCGUACUCAGCCUGUCCUCCAAGCCUCCAUUUCCUCCCAGAUGAUUCACUUCCUCCCUCGUCUUGUCGACUCUCCUGCACAUUUCCGGCAGCAUACCCGCUGGCUCGUAGAUAGUAUCGUCUUCCAGAUCACUUAUGCAUACAACAUCUCCGGUCACGACGACCCUCUGGUCCAGCUCGCCGAUCGCGUCAACCGCGACUUUGGCCGUCCCAUUGCACCCGCUGCCUUCCUCGUCGACAUAUUCCCCUCCCUGCGCCACAUCCCUGACUGGUUCCCCGGUGCGGGCUUCAAAGCCAUCGCCCGCGACAUGCGCAGGACGUACCUCGACAUGCGUGACCGCCAGUAUGACCGCAUCCGCGCCGAAGUGGCCCAUGGGACGGCAAAGCCGUCGCUAGUGACGACACUCAUCGAGGGAAACCCGAAUCCGACACCCGAGGAAGACGACUUGUACCGUAAUGUUGUCGCGUCCGUCUACGGAGCCGGCUCUGAUACCUCAGUUUCUGCGCUCGAGUCAUUCUUCCUAAUCAUGUCGCGCUUCCCUCACGUCCAGAAGGCUGCACAGGCGGAGAUAGACGCCGUCGUCGGGCGAGGGCGGCUCCCCACAUUCGGAGACAGGGAGAGACUACCCUACGUCGACGCGCUCAUCAAGGAAAUUUAUCGCUGGAACCCCGUCGUGCCCAUGUCGUUACCGCACAGGCUGAUGCAAGACGAUGUGUAUGAGGGAUACCACAUUCCCGCGGGUGCUACCGUAAUUGGUAACAGCUGGGCGAUCCUGCACGAUCCUGAUCUGUACCCAGAUCCAUUCGAUGUCGUCCCAGAGCGCUACCUCAUGAAGCAGGAUGGCGAGCGGAAUCCUGAUCCACGUGCAUUUGCAUUUGGCUACGGCAGGCGGGUGUGUCCGGGGCAGAUCAUCGCAGAUGACACGCUGUUCCUCUUCGUCGCUAGCAUAUUGGCAACUUUCGACGUCGGCCCGCCAUUGGGUGCAAAUGGACGGCCUCACGCGCAGGAGGAUGUCGCGUAUACGGCGGAGCUUAUCAGCCACCCGGGACCGUUUGACUGUACGAUCACCCCGCGCUCGGCGGACGUGGAGAAGCUGCUCGCGACGCUGUCUGUUGUGGCGGACGCGGCAUAG